AACGCCGAUUGGCUGUUGAUGGUGUCGCUCCCGGAAGCGGAAGUGAAGGAAACAAUGUAAACACAAAGCGGCUUCGGCUGCUGUGCUGCAACUAUGUAGCACAAGUCAGCGCUUAACGCUUACUAAUACUAGUAUUUACCUUAAACUGUGCAUCUCAUCCUAUCAAAUACUCGGUGGCAUUUAUGUAAAUGCACACAACCUUUAAACCUGAACAUGGGUGUAAAGGGCUUACAGUACUUUAUGGAGACAUGCUGUCCAGAUACUUGUGUGCCAGUAGAUCUGAAACAGAUGGCACUGAAUCACGCCAAAGCCUAUCCUGACAGUAAUGCUACAGUUGUAGUGGAUGGCAUGGCCUGUUUAAGAUACUGGUAUCGCUGUCAAGCUUGGGUCCACGGCGGUCAGUGGCAGGAGUACAUGCAUAUCCUGCAGGAAUUUGUCAGUGCAUUUACAGCAGCUGGUAUACGGUUAGUGUUUUUCUUUGAUGGAACGGUCGAGGAACAAAAACGGGCAGAGUGGGUGAAGAGGCGUUUGAGAGUCAACCGAGAUAUAGCAAAAAUAUUUCAGCACAUUAAGUGUCACAAACAGCAGCCGAACAGCAGAGACCUUUUCUGCCUUCCUUCAGGACUUGCAACCUUCUCGCGAUUUGCCCUUAAAACGCUUGGCCAAGAAACGUGGUGCUCGGUCCGUGAAGGAGAUUAUGAGAUUGCUGACUAUGCCCUCUCUCACAACUGCAUGGGAAUCCUUGGUCAAGAUACAGAUUUUGUUAUCUACAACACAGUCCCAUACUUGUCUAUCAGUAAACUCAAUUUAGGUGAUAUGACAACAGUGGUGCUCUCCAGAGAGAGGUUAUGCCAGAUUUUGAAGCUUCAUAUGACCGACCUUCCACUCGUGGCCUGUAUGUUGGGUAAUGACAUAGUGUCCGAGCAGCACAUGCAGCGUCUCCGCAACAUUGCUUUAGCAUCGUAUCGGAAAAAACACAGGGAAGUUCAGGGAGACAAGAUCUAUGCUGUUGCCGACUUCAUUAAUGCUCAUCGUCCCAAUAGUGAGGGAACAUUUGGUGUUUCCUCUCUGCCCUUACAUGAUGCUGAGGAAGAGACGUUAAUAAAAGGAAUACACAUGUAUCUGCUUCCAGGGCAAAAAUCCCCUUGGUUAGAGUGCAGUCUCCAAUCUCCUGAGACAGUGUGCUUGAUGGAGAAGUACAUACCCCGUGAUAUAUUACAGGCAGUUAAAGAGAAGCAUACCCAGGCCGAGUGUUUCAUGAUUUAUAAUUUCAUAUAUGAUGGGGUCGUGGAGUGCAGCAACACAUUGGAAGAUGAGGAUGAAGCUGAGUUACCACCGCAGGCCGUCUUAUAUCUGCCUGUGCGAGAACGCAUCUAUGGUCUGUUUCUGCCGGUGCAGCCAGAUUGUUUCAGCGGCACAGUAUCAGUCAAUGAAUGGUUUGUCUUUCCUGGGAAUCCACUUAAGGAGGCAGUUAAAGUCACUCCAAAACCCCUCAACUAUAAAGUGUGGUAUCCAUCAACAGAAGACCCCCCUGAUCUAAUGGCUCUGUGGUUCAGGACAGACCCAGAGGUUAAAGAAGUCCGAAUAUCAACACUGUUUGGUGUCUUUGACCUGCACGACUUCACUGAAGAGCUUCACCAGUUUGACAGUCCAUUGAUUGCUGUGAUUUGUCUUGUAACCUACAUCACCAUUCAGGCGAGACACCUUUCUCUGGAAGACAUAGAUGCUUAUCUAAGCCAAGCUGUUUGUGUCAGAUACAAAUCCUUCACAGAAAUGCAACAGAUCAGGAUUCCUGUUGUGGACCCCAGAGCGGUCCAGCUGGGCUCUCUCUUUGUGCGUGGUCUGACCUACCUCAUCGCAGCAAACAGCGCUUGCGGUUUCCCUUUUCCAAUGGCCGAACUCAUGCCAUGGAGAACCUUUGAUGGCUUGCUUUUCCAUUCUAAAUAUCUGCAGGCUCACUCCGGCUGUCCAAAUGAGAAACUUCUAGAAAACCAACCCACCUGGAUGUCUUUGUUUGUGUCCAUUAGAGCUGUGGUAUUGGAAGCUUGUAGGAGGCGCGGCACAUCCGUCCACAGCCGACCGCGCAGACUUCACUACGGCGAGGUGAGGCCCGUCGAUGUUGAUGAUCUGCAUGGAGAAAGACGACCCCAACCUCACCAUACCGCACGUCUGGAGUUCAGCCAACAGCCCAGAGAUCCCACACGCUACCAGCAAGGUUAUAGGCCAAGACUUAGACAUUCAAAUAGAGGAAGGUAUCAGCUUGCACCAAGGUGGGUUAGCGCCGCACCAGUCCCACGCUCCGGCCAUGUGCGUGUGUUUGGACGCAUCAGCUGCUUGCAGGCCAAACAAAGAAGCUCAUGUGACUCAGCAGUUGAGGGAAUAAUGUUCCUCCCCCUCAGGCUCUAUUGCUGAGAGACUUUCUCACACCUCUCCAUCUGGACGGGCUUCUUUCGAAACGUCAAUCACAGCAGGGACUCCCAUUUUUCAGCCGGCUUUUGGGGGAUGACCCUCUCUGAGAGAUUUGGUGAAAAGUCACAGAGAUUCUUGAUUUUAGUCGGUUUAAGCUUGUCUAGAGGUCCGUGCAUGUCUUAAAAUUGUGAACAAAAAACAAUCUGAAUGAUGAAAAGGCUUCUGUGUUUUUAGGACUGAGAAGGAAUGGCCUUCAUAAACUUUAUGUUAAGUAUUUGUAUAUUGAAAAGGUUAGUUAAGAAUUUUGUAGCAAUUCAUAUAAAAGGAUAUUUAAUUCAAAGGCAUCACUGUUAAAGGUCAAAUUAUUCACUGCACUGCAAUGAGAUUAUUGUUUUUGUGCCAAGGAUCAUCAUACGGGAUGUGUUGUCGCCCUCUAGUGGUGUUUUAGUGCAAUGUAAGUGAUGUUUGGUGUUUUAGCGCCCCCUGUCAACCAUAUCAGGAAGCGACACUUCUGGCGUACCUGAUUUCAGUAUAAAGUUAUACUGAAUUAAAAUACCCGUGGUGGAGUACAAAAAUGUCGAUCUUAUCCUGAUUAUUUAAAAUAUAAUACAACUUAUAAGUAUAGCUAUUAUUUAUAAAGUGUAAGAUAUAUUUUAGUAUAUUUUAAACUGUAAUUUUGUAUAAACGUUAAAGAACACAGAAGUAUAUUUUUCAACAUGCAGAUGUUGAAAAAUAUACUUCUGUGUCCUUUAACGUUUCCUUAUAAACCCACAAUGCCUUUUUUAGUGCAGCAAUCGCAUUGUGAGGGUUUAUUGUUAAAGUUUAAAUGUACAGUAGUAUAACCCACACUAAAGUUUAUGCAGAAUUAUGUAAAUAUUUACUUAUAUUUUUACUGUUGUAAUACACAGUUCUUAUGCGCAUUGGUAAAUAACUCUCACUUACAUUCUUACAAUUUUUAUUUCU